AACAUUCAUCGAUAUUAAUUUAGUUGCAGCUGUGCUGACAGCUGAAUGGGUCUCACUGUUGUGCUUAUAAUACCAUUAUCAAUGGGGGGUCUAACAGUUUUACAAUUGGCGACUAACGUGAUCAGGUCAACCAGACGUAACUGCAUUUCAUCAAUACACAAACCAGCGGCAAAGUGCAACAACAAAACAGACAAGAAGCAUAACAAAAUGCUACACCAGCUGCCAAUCUAUGCCAGCGGCGAGAUUGUUCGCGGUUUUGGCCGCGGCUCCAAAGAGCUAGGCAUUCCAACGGCAAACUUAUCGCUUGAUGUGGUAAAGUCUCUGCCCGAAUCCCUGCACACCGGAGUCUACUAUGGCUGGUCCAAUGUAAAUAAUGGUGAGGUGUACAAAAUGGUGCUAAGCGUCGGUUGGAAUCCAUUCUACAACAACAAGGAGAAGAGCGUGGAAACGCAUAUGCUGCAUAAAUUCGAUUGUGAUUUGUAUGGACAAACAUUGAAAAUCUGCAUUGUCGGAUAUUUACGACCGGAAAAAAAUUUCGAUUCGCUGGACGACUUAAUUAAAGUUAUUAAAUCGGACAUAGAACAGGCGAAAACGUUGCUUGACCAGCCGGAAAAUAGAAAGCUGCGAGAGGCUCCCUUCUUUUCAGCAAACAUUUCAAAAUGUUGAAUAUCUUGAUAUAGUUUUGUUAUCAUUCAGGCACUUUAAUGCCUCGAAUUAUCGAAAUCCGCGUAUUUCAUAGAAAAUUGAAUGUACUUAAGAUAGACCUUGAUCUUGAAUUAAAUAUCAUUAUUUACAUCACGUAA